AACCAACAACGCCAGUCGAAGCCGCGCCACUCCGAAAUUGCGCUCGUUCGACAACGGCGACUACCAGUUUAUUUACCGCACACACCGCAUCGUCAUUCAGUCAAGACUAGUCAGUCACUCCGUCGUUUGUUGUGUGUAUUCGUCGUGUGUUUUCAUCAUCUGAGUAGCAAAUCCGCGCCGUGUUUGUUUAUUAUCGUUAGUGUUUUUUUCGGCUGCCAUUUGCGACCGCGUCGCAAAUCGGAGGUUAGAAGCUCUCGCGCAACGCACCCCGCUUACUCUAAAGAGAUCGAGAGAGGCUGAAGGGCCGCGCCGUGAGUGAACGCAUACAACAACACGCGUCAGUGGUGAAACGCGCGCAGCAAGCAGCCAGAGGAGGCGGCAGGCACGCUCGCCGCUCACCGUUCGCGGGAGGAGGGUGGUUCGUUUUAUGCCCGAAAGUGUUCUGAACCAGCUUCAAGCUGUGGGGCGCCGGGGCGUUUUUGUUUCCUCCGCAAGGGAUGUACUACCCGCACAUGGUGCAAACGGGUAUGACAACCCCGUUCGGAGCGGCGGCUCCGGCCGGUUUUCCGGCGCAGAAUGGCGACGUGAAGACGGCCGUUGAGGUAAAGCACGAGCCGCUUCUACCGCCACCACAAGCGGCCGCAACCGGCCCGCCAUUCUCGCCGCCUCCACCACAGCCUGCCGCUGCGGCAGUGGAACAACAGCAGCCAGCGCUUGGCAGCCCGGCGCGGCAGCAGUUCGAAGCGCAACAGCCAGCUGCCGUCGUCGCCGCGCAACAGCAGCAGGCGGCGGCAGCGGCUGCAGCUGCAGCUGUGGCCGCCCAGCAGCAGGCGGAGACAGAGGCGCAACCUUCGACACAGCCAGCAGGAGCGCAACAGACUCAAGGAGCAGCGGAGGUUGCCGCGGGAGAGUCUAUCUUGCCGGGCACGCCAAACUCCAAUAUCAAGAGCGAGCCGAAGCGACUACAUGUCUCAAACAUUCCGUUUAGGUUUAGAGAUCCUGAUCUUAGAGCUAUGUUUGGGCAAUUUGGCUCCAUUUUAGAUGUGGAAAUUAUAUUUAACGAACGCGGAUCAAAGGGGUUCGGUUUUGUAACAUUCGCAAAUAGUGCUGAUGCGGACCGCGCACGAGACCGACUUCACGGCUCCGUUAUUGAGGGAAGAAAGAUAGAGGUGAAUAACGCCACGGCACGAGUGCAAACCAAGAAGCCGCCGCCAUUACCCACAGUUCCUAUGUGCGUCCAAUGGCCGGAAGCGCUGCGGGGCGUCGCGGCAAUUCAGCGGGGGCGCGCGCGCGCCGCCGCCUACCCGGCCGCCGCUGCGGCAGCUGCAGCUUUCGCCCGCCACCCGGCGCCGCUCGCCGGCGCGCUGAGCUACACGCCCGUGCUGAAUACGCUGCCGGUUGACGCCGGCGGCGUCUACUACGAUCCGUUUUUGGCGGCGCACGCCGCCGAUCCUAACUACAGGUUGCAGGCCGCAGCGGCAGCCGCACCGCUACUAAAAACACCUCUGUCGACUGCCCAACAGGCCACCUACGCGGCGGCAGCCACCUACACGGCAGUCGCCGCCCGAUAUGGGGCAGCGGCGGCGGCGCAGCCGGUGGCUGGCUAUGCGACCGUUGCCGGCUACGGCCGCGACUACGAGCCGUACCUGGGUCACGGUAUUGGACCAAUGGCAGGCUAUGGGGCCGCUGUGUAUAGGAGUGGAUACAACCGAUUCGCACCAUAUUGAAAAGGAGACAUAUCGGCAGCUCUCGCGACGGCCUAUAAUUGAAGUAAAAAUGAAACAAACAAGAAAAAUACUCACACGAUGUACAUGUACGUAGCCAAAGAGCUGUUUAACUCACUAACGUACCCUUGUGAUAUUCCUUCAGCUCUCUCUAUAUAUUUCUAACAAUUACAAGUCUUAAACACAAGCAGGCGCGCUUAAGCGCCGCGCGAAAGAAACGCAUGACAAAAGCAUAAAAACAUUACAGAAUUUAAAACAAAUGAAGACGAAACUAAACGAAAUUCAAAUUUGCGUCACGGUCUGACUCUAUAAUUGAUAUUCAUAUUGAUAUACAUAUAUAAAUAUUAUAUUUAAAUAUCUUAGUUCGUAAACGAAGAAAAUGUGUCAUAUUUCUUAAACUAUAAACAUGCAGGAAGUAAGAAGCGGUAAAAGCGAGUGACGGAAUCACAGCGCAUAACACGAACAGUGAGAUAACUGAUAAAUUAACGAUAGAUAAAAAUAUUCAUUAUAUGAAAGCAGUACGAGUACGGAAACUUAUCACACAAAUAUUGUAAACAUAGCUGAGUAGAUUUGCCCUCCCCAUUUUUCUCGCAUUGAGAAUUCUACCAAGUGCAUCACAAUUUAGGAUUUAUGUUAAAAACAUACAUUAGUAGAUUAGUAUUAACAAACAAAUGCAGGUUGCAACAUGUUAUGCGAGCACAAAAGUUGAUUUCGAAUGAUUUUCUUCAAAUUUUGUUGGUUUAUAUAUUUAUUACAUUAUUUGACUUUCUCAAUACGCUAAAGUCGCUCGAAAUACGUUUAAUAUUGUUUAAUUAUAUUAUUCUGGUUAGUUUAAGUUUAGCGUUAGUUUUUGCCGACUCUAAUAAGUUAGGGACAUAGUAGUUUAAUGAUGAUUUAUCGAACAAUAAAGAGAACAAACCAAGCAACAAAUUAACUAAACAAAAUAGUUCGAGAUGUAUUGAAGGAGUCUAGUUUGAGAGAAGUAAUAAUUACUAAUUAUUGAUAGUUUGUACAUAUUCAUGAUUGCGAUUAAAGUUUGUAGUUCGAUUUAGUUGACUCUUGGAUAUCGAGCAAACUGGCUGAACAAACGCAGAAUAACGCAUGUAAUUAAUGACGAUAUGAAUUGAUAAGUAUGUCGUAUGCACUGAUUUUUUUUAAACGAUUAUUAUUAUUUUUAUAUGUCGUAUACUAGCUAUAGGUAUCAAAGAUGAUUUACAUAUUUAGUGCAUUGAUAUCUCAAUAUCAAUAAGAAACAAAGAUAGAAAGAAAAAAAAAACAGUGCGAAUAUUGAAUCUCGAAUCUAAAUGUGAGUUAUUCACAUUGCCACACAAGAGGAAGGAGUUCGGCGGAUGUGGACGAUUUUUGAUCACAGAAUGUUGUUGACUUUUGAAGUUCAACUAAAACCAAUGCCAAAUCUACUUCAUUUUAAUCGAUGCAUGUUUUGACUAAAGAUUUUCAUACUUAGAUACAGUACUGUAGUGUCAGGCACACUUGUUAGGGACAAGUUAUAUGCGUAACAAAUGUAACAAAGCUAGCUGACCGUUGUUGUCUUCAUUUUCAUGUUAAACAAUCGGGAAUCAACGAAUCAAAAUUAAUGUCGAAGCAGUUGCGCGCAACAUGUUUGCGAAUACAUUUCUGUACAUGCAUUAAUUUUGAUUCAAUUCGUGACUCUUUUAAAGUUUUAAUGACACGUAAUUUACUUGACUACGCAGCUCUCAAUCAUGAUUUAAUUUAGCCGUAAUUAAACAUAAACUAAGUAAGUACAUACAUAUCUCGAAUAUUUCCAAUUUCUCCCCAUGUUUCCCUCGACAACGAUUUCAAUAUUUCUGCCAAUGUAUUGAUUGCUCUCUUGCAUGGACCGUGAUCGAAAAUAAACGGCAAUUUCAUUUUUUGAUUCAAAACUCAGCAGGCCCGCUCUAGUCUCAAGUUUUUUUAAACCUUUUUUCGUGUACAAAUACUGAGAGAAUCGUUUACUCACACACAACACACGCACACAUACAAUAACCGACAUUAACAUAACAUGCAAGUACAUUUAAACAUUACAACUAAACUAGAAACUUAUUAUUAAGAUCUACGAUCCAUUUUAUGUUAAAUACAAUAUGAUAAUACCUAUAAUAAGCAUAAGAAGAAGAGUAAUAUGAAUAUUUUACGUUUAUUGUAAAAGCACAAACUUGAUAAUAUUGACAAGAGAACAAAAAGAAAACAAUACAUUAUUACGUAUUUACUGUA